GCCCGGCGGCUGUCCGGUUCUUAUAGUGCCGCGGGCGGCGGUUGCGCGGGGACGGCGGGACGGCGGGACAGCGGGACAUGGCGGCCGUGCGGCUCGUGGUGCUGGGACUCGUGCUGGUGAGCGCUCAGGGCGGCUUCGUGGCAGGGAGCACGAUCUGGACUUCCGUAGAUGAUGAUGGCUCCAGAACCCGCCUCACAUGCGCCUUGAAUCACAGCACCACAGAGAUCGUGGGCCACCGCUGGGUGAAGGGGGGCAAGGUGCUGAAGGAGGACGCGCUGCCUGGCCUGAGGAUGGAGUACGACGUGGACUCGGACGACCGCUCGGGCCAGUACUCCUGCAUCUUCCUUCCAGAGCAUGCGGGCCGCACCGACCUGCAAGUGAAGGGGCCCCCCAGCGUCAAGGCGGUGAAGAAGUCGGAGCACGCCACCGAGGGGGAGACUGUGGUGCUGGCCUGCAAGUCGGACUCCUUCCCGCCCGUCACCGACUGGAUGUGGUCCAAGAUGACCGACUCUGGGGACCAGGCCAUUGCUAACAGCUCCCAGAACAAGUUCUUCGUGGUCUCCUCGGAGACCAGGACAGAGCUGCAUAUCCCAGACCUGGACCUGAGCUCAGACCCCGGCAAGUAUGUCUGCAACGGCACCAGCUCAGAGGGCGCUGGCCAGGCAGUCAUCACGCUGCGCGUGCGCAACCGCUUUGCUGCCCUCUGGCCCUUCCUGGGCAUCGUGGCCGAGGUGCUUGUGCUGGUCACCGUCAUCUUCAUCUAUGAGAAGCGGCGGAAGCCGGACGAGGUCCUAGAUGAUGAGGACGCCGGCUCUGCUCCGCUGAAGAGCAGCGGGCACCACGUGAACGACAAAGACAAGAACGUUCGCCAGAGGAACUCCAGCUGAGAGGACCAGGAAGAGUCUGCAGGCGCCCAUCCCAGCAUUUGCACAACCCCGCGCCCUUUCCUCUUACAGAAACCCACCUGGCAAAAGCAAACCACGUUGUGCAUUCAAAUCACAUGUUUUCUCACCUUUUUAAAGAAAAACUAAGCUAGGGUUUUCUGUGUGUAGAAUUCUGCCCCUUAGGGGCUUUGCUUUGCUUUUUUAACCAUCUCGUGAGCCCCCCAGGGGAGUCGUGAGGUUUGUGUGAGGCCCCUGCCGCCCCCAUCACCCGUCCCCUCGCGUCCCCUGGGCUGUUGGUCUCCUGGUCUGGGUGUGGAGGACAGAUGGCCCUUUU